AUGAAAAGGAAAUACCUUCAUUUAGUCAUAUUUAUUUUGUUGGUUAUAUUCAACUUAUUAAUAAGUGGCGUUUCGUCACAAAAUAGUAAUAUUAAUGAUAAAAAAAAAAGUGUAGAAAAACAAAAAAAUGGUAAUAAUAAAAAAAAUAAUACAAAUUCAACUAACAAUAAUAAUAAGAGUUCAAGUAAAAAAAAAAGUAAUGGUAAUGUAAAUAAUAGUAAACAAAAUAAUACGAAAAACAAAACAGAGAAUAUAAUAAAAAAAUCUGAUAAAUCAAAUGAAUCACUUAAUACUUUUAAUGAAGCUAUUAACGAUGAUAGUGAUAAUAAAUAUAUGGAUGAAUAUAAUAAGUUUGAAAAAGAAUUAUUAGACAUUGAAAAAAAUGAGGAAACAUAUGAAGAAAUAGAUAAUAGUGAAAUUAAUGAUAAUCAAAAAAUUAUAGAAAAUAGUAAUGAAAUGAAACCUAAUGCUAAUGAUUAUAAAGAAGUAGACACAGAUGAUUUGGUAGAAUAUGAUGAUGAUUUAACAGGUAUAUGGAAUGAAAAUAUGAAAUAUUUUGAGCCGAGUACUAUGCUAACUUUUGAAAUUCCUGGAAAUUCUGAAGAAUAUUUAUUUGAGAAUAUACAAGAAUUGAAUACAUAUUUUCGAGGUAUUUUUUAUUUAAAUAAUGAAUUAGAUGAUAGUAAGAUCUUAUUUAUUAUUUCAGAUCCAGAUGGUGAAAUUGUAUAUACAAAAGAAGCUAGCGAAGGUAUAUUUUAUUUUCAUACAAAUAAACUUGGAAUAUAUACUAUAACUAUUAAAAACAAUAAAUGGAUGGAAAAAAAAAUGGUUACUGUUGCUAUAGGGUUAGGAGAGAGUCAUUCAUUGAGGUCAGAUCACUUAAAAGAUUUUUCUAGUUAUAUUGAACAAAUUUCUUUAGAAGCAAAAAUAUUAAAAAAUGAAAUUAAAUAUUUAUCAUCAAAACAUAUUGCACAUAUCGAAAAAAUGGAGCAAAUUACAAACAAAGCCUUUUUAUAUUGUUUUCUCAAAUUAUUUGUUCUUAUAAUUCUUUCUUUUUUUACAAUAUAUUAUGUUAAAAACUUGGUAUCAAAUAAAAGAGUUCUUUAG